AUGACUGGAGGCAAGUCCGGAGGCAAGGCCAGCGGUGCCAAAUCCACUGCGCAAUCGCGUUCGUCCAAGGCCGGUCUCGCGUUCCCCGUCGGUCGUGUGCACCGUCUGUUGAGGAAGGGCAACUACGCUCAGCGUGUCGGUGCCGGCGCGCCCGUCUACCUCGCAGCCGUCCUCGAAUACCUGGCAGCUGAGAUCCUCGAAUUGGCCGGCAACGCCGCGCGCGACAACAAGAAGACCCACCUGCUGCCCAAGAAGACUUCCGGCGCAAAGGGCAAGGGCCCCAGCCAAGAGCUGUAG